GAGAGAGGAGCAAACGUUCAGUGAGGAUACCGCUUCAUCGGAGGCGGCAGGUUGAAGACACAGCCGGUGGCACUGCAGAGGCACAACAGCACAGUGGGCUACAUCUUCGCUGCAAGAGGUCGAGGAACAUGCGGUCCCGUAGCAACAGUCUGGAGGACAUAACCAAGGUCAAGGCGGCGCAGCAGCAGGCGGACACACGCAAGCGAUCUGUAGAGCGAGUGGAGCCCUCGGGAAGGGCCGAGCGCCGCAGUCGACACCGGGAGCCGCCGGACGACACCGGCACCAUUCAGCGGAAUCGCAAGACGGCCAAGAACAGCACCUGUGCUGGUGGGAGUGAGAGUGGGAGUAGCAGCGCCAGCGGAGCUGCGAAAGCAGGUCGGAGGGAGAAGGGCAGGGACCUUUCCCGAGAUGACCUCGUCUUUCUACUGAGCUUGCUGGAGGGAGAGCUGCAGGCCAGAGAUGAGGUGAUCACAGUGCUGAAGGCAGAGAAAAUGGACAUGGCCCUGCUGGAGGCCAAAUAUGGCUUUGUCACACCACAGACAGUCCUGCAGUCCCUGCAGAGGGACGCCAUCCAGGGCAAGGCUGACGUCUUCCAGGAGGACAUCUACGAGAGGCCCAUGGUCGAGCUGGACAAGUUAGUGGAGAAGCAGAGGGAGACGCACCGGCGGAUGCUGGAGCAGCUGUUGAUGGUGGAGCAGUCGCACAAACAGGCCCUGUACAAGCUGGAGGACGAGAAGAGGAACCACGGAGAGUUCAUGAAGAAGAGCGACGAGUUCACCAACCUGCUGGAGCAGGAGCGCGAGAGGUUGAAGCUGUUAAUUGAUCAGGAUAAAGCCUACCAAGAAAGAAAGGACGACGAGAACAACCAAAAGGUCACAAGUCUGAAGGAGGAGCUGACAAAACUCAAGUCGUUUGCAUUGAUUGUUGUGGAUGAACAGCAGCGUCUCACAGGGCAGCUGACUCAACAAACCGCAAAGGUCCAAGAACUGAGUGCCAGUGCAUCACAAGCCCAGGAGGAGCUCAGCUCAGCUAAUGCCCGUCUGCAGGAAGAGGAGCAAAAGGUCUUUCGCUUGGAGGCUGAGCUGCGUGACCAAGGCGGUCGAUACCAUCAGGAACAAGAGGCCAUGACUGCCAAAUUGACCAGCGAGGAUGCCCAAAGCAGGCAGAUGCGCCAGAAGCUGUCAACUCUCAGCAGGCAGCUUGAUGAGCUGGAGGAGACCAAAAAGACCCUGCGCCGAGCUGAGGAGGACCUGCAGGAGCUGAGGGACAAAAUUAGCCGUGGUGAGUGUGGAAACUCGAGCCUCAUGUCUGAGCUUGAAGAGUUACGGAAAAGGGUACUUGAAAUGGAGGGAAAGGAUGAAGAGUUGAUCCGAAUGGAGGACCACUGCCGGGACCUCAACAAGAAACUGGAGAAAGAGGCCAAUCAAAGCCGAAGCUUGAAGGCCGAAGUCGAUAAACUGAACCACAGAAUUAUGGACUUGGAGAGAUUAGAGGACGCAUUCAGCAAGAGCAAACAAGAAUGCAACUCACUCAAAAGUAACCUGGAGAAGGAGAGGACAGUGUCAAAGGUUCUGACCAGUGAGCUGGAAGUCUUAAAAGUCAGGGUCAAAGAACUGGAGGCUGCUGAAAGCCAACUGGGAAAGACAGAGCUGACACUGAAGGAAGAUCUAACCAAGUUAAAGACUCUGACAGUCAUGCUGGUGGAUGAGAGAAAGGCAAUGGCAGAGAAGCUCAAGCAAAUGGAGAACAAGGUCCAGAGCAGCACUGGCAAACUUCAAGCUGAACAGGACAAAGUUACGUCAGUCACAGAGAAGCUAAUUGAUGAGAGCAAGAAAGCACUGAGGUCAAAGGCUGAGCUGGAGGAGAAAAUGUGUAGCGCCACAAAGGAAAGGGAUGACUUGAAGGCCAAGUUGCUUGCUGAAGAGGAAAAGAGCAAUGAUUUGGAGUCUAAAAUCAAUAUGAUGACGAAAAGGUUGCAGUCGCUUGAGAACAUAGAAAGAGAAUACGUGAGAAGCAAAGCUAAAGAGGAGAACAUCAAAACACCCAUUGCUAACCGCUUCCAACAAGAAGACAACAAAGUAAAGGAUUUGACACAAGAGGUUGAGCGCCUCAGACGCAAAUUAAAGGACAUGAAGGUGGUAGAAGGAGACCUCUUGAAAACAGAGGAGUUUGAAUCACUGGAGAAAAGAUUCACCAAUGAACAAGAGAAAGGUAAAGCCUUGAUGGAGGAGCUGGAAAUAUCCAGAAAAGAACUUUCAAAGUACCAACUGGCUGAGAAGAAAGAGUGCAACCAAGAGCAUGUUCUUUAUAAACGCUUGAAGGACGAGGAGGCAAAGUCUAGUCAUUUGACCAGAGAGGUAGCAGCUCUGAAAGAGAAGAUCCAUGAAUACAUGGGAACAGAGGAGUCCAUUUGCCACAUGAAAACUGACCACACUACAAUCCAGAGGAAACUGACCCAGCAGGAGGUCAGAAACAAAGAACUGGCCAGAGAAAUGGAGACACUCACGAGAGAGCUUGAGAGAUACAGGCGCUUUAGCAAAAGUCUUCGCCCCGGCAUGAACGGAAGGCGCUUUUCAGACCUUCAUGUUUCUACCAAGGAAGUUCAAACAGAGCCACUUGACGUCAUGUCUCCCAGCUGUAAGACAGCCCCACUGGAACGUGCUGUGGUUAACGGGAAGCUGUACGACGAGAGCGAACCUGAAGAUAACGCAAAUUACAGCAACGAGAUUCAGCUCACCAAAUGCAGCCCCGCACUGAUUACUAACGUAAAUAAUCUAAACAACUUGAGAAGAGCCCGAGUCCCGUUCCUGAAAAACAAAGACACGCCCCAUCAGGUGAACGGUAAAGUGCAACCACGACAGAACGGCAACCACGUUCAGUCGGGAGAUGUUGUGUUGACCCACAGUCCUGGGCAGCCUCUGCACAUUAAAGUGACUCCUGACCACGGACAUAACACAGCAACCCUAGAGAUCACCAGCCCGACCACAGAAAACACCCAGUCAUUCACCAGCACUGCCGUCAUACCCACAAGUGGAGGUCCACCCAAACAGAGAAUUACCAUCAUCCAGAAUGCUUCCAUAUCCCCUACUGCGAAAUCCAUUUCCCCCAAAUCUAAAGGUUCCCCAAUCUCUGACGAACUGUGUUCACCAGAUAGGGCCCUAUCACCUUUCACUAUGGCUACAUACUCGAGAGCAAUGACUCCAGACUCUUGUGGCUCUGUAACACCAGACAGAGCAAUGUCACCUAUACAAAUUGUGUCGGUCACGACCGGCACCCCUGAGCGCUCCCUCUCCACGGAGCCAGUGGAGGUUCUUGGAGGGCACGCCAUCUUCCGCGUGACCCCGGAAAGGCAAAGCAACUGGCAGGUCCAGAGGUCUAACAGCUCUGGGGCAAACGUCAUCACCACGGAGGACAACAAAAUCCACAUUCACUUAGGGACCCCCUUCAUUCAGAGCAUCAGCACACCGUCGCAAACACCGAGUCCAUGCCACACACCUGGACUCCAGGAGCAAAGGACUCAGGUGCUUGCAAAUUGCAGUACUUCUACUGCAAAGGGCAACAGCAAAAUCACAAGUAGCAUCACGAUUAAGCCCACCUCCACCCCAAUCCAAAGGCCAUCACAAAUUACAAUACCUCCAGAAGCAUUCCGACGACCGGGACCUACGAGAAUCCCCAAACCGAAGGGCUACGGCUCCCAGAAAGGGACAAACAGCACGGCAGCAAACGUGGGGCCGCAGAGCAAGAGUCAGCCGCCAGCCGCUCAUCCAGCCACUGGGAAAGAGCAGCACAAAUCAACAACAACAACGACAACCCAAAUCUAGUUAACCGCAAACUGUGACAACAGUGAUGCUUUUACAGACACCAGAAUAUUGUAAAAGGUCAGUUUACAUCAUCCUCAUAGUUACAUCAGAUAUUAAACUGAAUUAUAAAUGAUAUAAAAAAUAAAAUAGUCAAUAAUCAUAUUCAAUUUCAAACUAUCAAAGUACUGUUUCACUAUUACCUAAUCCUCAUCUGUGGUGCUCUGAAGACUGCAACAUACAACAAUGCUUUGUGUCGAUGUUCAAUGUGCCCACAUUGUAUUAGCCGUUAAUAAACCUACACAACAUUUUAGAAAGUAGUUCCAAUGUCACAGAUUGGUGUGAAGAUGUCACCGUGAUCAAAACAAAGUAAACUGAAGAGUAAUACUAGAACAUUAGGUAUGUUAUAUGUUGUAUCGUCAGCCUUUGUAUUGAUCUUUAAGUACUGUAUCUGUUGAGGUGUGCUGAUAAUGACUCAGCCAUUCAUCUAAUCUCUAAGGAUGGAUCACGUGGAGGUUUCUUUAAAUAGGUGGCAAUAAUGUACAUACGUGUAUAAGUGAUGUGUUGUAAUGCAGUUACAUGAUAGUGAUAAUAUCCGAAAUGUGACAUUAGUGUUAUUUUUGGUUAUCAAUAAAGACUUUUUAUACCUGGAAAAGAAAGAUGCUACUUGUGAUGCUGGGAUUGUUGAGCUAAUGUUACUGGUUUAAUGUCAAAGGAAUGAAUGCAUGACGUGAUUACAUUAAAAGCAAAACCCACAAUAUUCUCAGUUUACAGUAAGUACGUGUGGAGUUUUAUUACACAAAGCUACUCAACACAAAAGACAAAACAAAACAAGAUCGGCAAACAUAACUCAAACGACUUUCUAACAUCCAACGCGAUCACACAUCAACAUACUGUAAAACAACAGGUUCACGAUGCAACAAUUUAAAUGAGCAACAUCAGCCGUACUGUCAAAGUAUUUUGAUGUAUUUAUCUGUUUUCGCAACAGUAUUGUGUUGAAGUAUAAAAGGACAAAUGUUGAUUUUUUCUUUACAAUCCCUAGACGAGGUUAAACAUGUCUAGCUGAUGCCGAGUCAACACAGUUCUUCAGUUAUUGAGCCACGCGUGCAGAAUCAGGAGAUGUAGGUAUAGAGAUGUAUAUAAUGAACAAGAUACUGGUUUACAAGUACUGUAAUGUGUUGCACCUUCCAGCUGAUAAAAAGCAGGAUCGUGCAAAAUGUGAUAAAAUUCUUGCAAUUUUCCAAAUAUUGCAAAUGCAAAAAAAAGACCAUAUUCCAUUAUGCUAAUGUUAAGUAAUUAUUGUGACAACAGGAAUACUCUGCUCAUAAUCUAAACUACAAUCUGAAUACUUUUCAGGUUAAAGUGAGACACUCAGAACACCAGUGGCAGGAGGGCUACGUGUGUGCUGUGGACAAAUAACUGCCGUUUGAUAUUUCCUAAAAACAUUUUUUUAACUUAUCAUGUAAAAAAAGGCAAACAGUGGCGUCCAAACCUCUUCUUGUCUUGCCGGUGUUUCGUCGUCACGGCGCCGUCACUGGUGUCCAGUCAGAGCAGAGCUUGUGGCUGAACGCAGCACAGACAGGAAGUGCUCUCUCUCCUCUCCUCUUUCUGUGGCACAAACCCAAGAACGACAAGGACCCUCCAGGACAAAAGCAUGACGCACAUCUACAGAGAAAGACAUUAAUAAUCCUUUAACGUGGCAAAGGUUAUCAAAAACACCAACGACGUUAUUAAUGACACACUGAAGAUUACAGAAAAGAAUGAAAGCCGAGGCAACAUUCAACACACAUCGUAUUCUUUAAAUGGUACAAACUCACAGCGCGAGUGUGUGAUCGCUCUGACAGCCAGGCUGGAGAGAGCCACAGAGGCCAUGAAAGUGUGUGUGCUCCGGUGAGCCAACGUGAACGGUGUGUGAUGCACGUUUCGCCGCGUCAGCACCAGAGCGUCGUUGAACAGAAACAGGCCCACAUCAGACACCUGCUCGAAGGUCCUAAUCAUGCACACAAACAGGAAAAAAAAACGUCUUGGUUAGAUUUACAAUCUGUAGUGAUGUAAUAUAAAACAUACAGUGUUUGAUUGUGCAAAGGUUUCCCGAUGUAUGCGUCAUUAGAAAGUGCUACUUAAGCAAUAAAGUGCUUAACAAGAAAAAGUAAAUAUCAAAAAAUAUCAUAUCAAACAUCUACUAAGUCAAUACAAAUACAAAUCACCACACACCUGAGUGAUUCAGGAAUCUGUUCAUCAGGGCUCCUGAGUAAAGCAGCAUCCUGUGUUAUUAUCAGCUGCCUGUUUCCUUCACUGAGGCUCUACACACACACACCAUAUUAACAUAAAAAUACUUCAACAUGUUAGUUUUAGAUGUUGUUUUGAGAGCGUGGGGAAAAAGAGGGAGCUGUGAUUUUACCGGACAGCCUUGGAUCAUCUGCUGCGUUUCCUCCAUCAGUCUGUCUCUCUCUGAGUUACGCUUCAACUGAAACA